CAGGCGGUGUGCGGACAGCUUCGUGUUAGGCCCCUGGCCGUGUAAAUCCCUCCGCUUCCUGUGUGAGGGCCUCAUUAGCUCGGUGCGGCGGCAGCGGCGGGGCGGUCACUGCUCUCUCACAGCGUCACAGCAAACCAGCCAGUGCACACAACCGGAAAGAUGCCCUCAGCCACCAGCAGCAGUAAGGCAGUGCCAGGCACUGGAGAUGCAGCACCAGGUACCGGUAACAUCCAGAGUGAGGCAAUGAAACAGAUACUGGUCGUCAUCGAUAAGAAACUGCGCAACCUGGAGAAGAAAAAGGGCAAGCUAGAUGAUUACCAAGACCGCAUGAAUAAAGGGGAACGACUCAAUCAGGACCAACUUGAUGCUGUGUCAAAAUACCAAGAAGUACUGACCAACAUGGAGUUUGCUCGUGACCUGCAGAAGAGUUUAAUGGCUCUUAGUCAAGAUAUCCAGAAAUCCAUAAAGAAAGCUGCACGGCGCGAGCAACUCAUGCGAGAGGAAGCGGAACAGAAGCGCUUGAAGACUGUGCUAGAGCUGCAGUUUGUCCUCGACAAACUUGGUGAUGAGGAGGUGCGCAAUGACCUGAAACAGGGUGUGAACGGGAGCCCACUAAUGUCUGAGGAGGAGCUGGCUGUGCUUGAUGAGUUCUACAAGCUGGUGGAGCCUGACCGGGAUCCUUCUGUGAGGUUAUGUGAACAGUAUGAGCAAGCCUCUUCUCACCUGUGGGAUGUGCUGGAUGGAAAGGAUAAACCCGUCUGUGGGACCACAUACAAAGCUGUGCGUGAGAUGCUGGACCGCGUCCUUCAGAGUGGAUAUUUUGACAGUGCUCAGAACCAUGAAAAUGGUCUAUGUGAGGAGGAAGAGACACUCGCUGGGCCAAUAGCAGAAGAACAGAUGCCAGAGAUCGAAGCAGAAACUGUGGAAGAAUACACUGAGCCCACAGAGGUUGAAUCCACAGAGUUUGUGAACCGGCAGUUCAUGACAGACGCGCAGUUCAGCAGCUGUGAAAAGGAACAAACCGAUGAGUGGACAGUAGAAACGGUUGAAGUUGUAAAUUCUCUCCAGCAACAGGCAGCUACGACUUCUGUCCCCGAGCCUCUAUCGCUAAAUCCUAUCGCUCAAGUCCAGGCUGAUCCGACUGUUAGAAGGCAGAGGGUCCAAGACCUAAUGGCACAGAUGCAGGGUCCAUACAAUUUCAUGCAGGACUCCAUGUUGGACUUUGAGAGUCAAGCAAUUGAUCCCGCCAUUGUGUCAGCACAGCCUAUGAACCCAGCCCAGAGUAUGGACCUCCCGCCGAUGGUGUGCUCAUCUGUGCAUUCAGAUGCCAGGCUUUCCCAAAGCAGCCAGGUUUCAGAUUCCACACAGGUUGCCUUGGUCUCCUCCACCACCGAAGGCUAUUCCAGUUCUCCGCAGAUGUACCAGCCUUCACACCCCGCAGAGCAGAGAGCCCAGAAAGAUGCCAUUGACCAGCUCCAGGCUUCUCUGUCGUUAAGCGCUGACCUAACGCAAACAUCAUCUCUUCCCGCUGCUUCCCAACCUCAGGUGUUUCAGGCCGGGUCCAAUAAACCUCUACACAGCAGCGGGAUUAAUGUAAACGCCGCACCAUUCCAGUCCAUGCAAACAGUUUUCAAUAUGAAUGCACCUGUACCUCCUGAGCCAGAACCACUGAAACCGAACCAGUACCAAACCAGUUACAACCAGACCUUUCCAGGGCAGCCUCACCAAGUGGAACAGUCUGAACUUCAGCAAGAGCAGCUACAAACAGUGAACACAUACCAUGCGGCGUCGGACCAGUCCCCCACUGGGCACCAGCAGCCCCCGCAACAGAACACUGGAUUCCCACGUAACAACCAACCUUUCUAUAACGGCAGAGGAAUGUCUCGCGGAGGACAGCGGGGCAGCAGGGGGUUGAUGAAUGGAUACAGAGGGCCAUCCAAUGGCUUCAGAGGAGGAUAUGAUUACCGUCCCUCUUUCUCAAACACUCCAAACAGCGGUUACUCCCAGCCACAGUUCAGCGCUAAUCGCGAUUACACUAACAACUACCCCCGGGAUGGAUACCAACAAAACUUUAAGCGCGGAGCCGGCCAGGGUGGUCCUCGGGGCGCUCCUCGAGGUUGCAGUGGACCACCCAGACCAAACAGAGGGAUGGUACAGAUGAAUGUCCAGCAAGUCAAUUAACCAGUGGGAGGAGUGAGGCAGCCUGCUGUUAACAGAACUUCCUUAUUUUUUUUUUAUUUUAUUUUUUAUUGAGAGGAACUCCUAAGGGAAGAAUUUUAUUGCCUGGUUUGAAUAGGAUGACAGUUGUCUGCUGUUAUAUUUAACUGGAUUUGCAACAAAAUUAGAUUUCCCCCAAUUCUAUGUUCUUCCUCUACUACCAUACAGAGGCAUUCUCACCUCUCUGGUUAAGGACAACAUCAAUUUAACAGUUAAAUGUUCUGUUCCCUGUUGUAGUUUUUAUGUAACCACUUGGGGUUUGAGUGGGGAGGGUCCGACUAGAGUCCACUUUUGGUAUGUUACAGUCUCUAUAAGGUCACCUACCUACCAGAGGAUAGCAGAACCAUCCGUCCUCUUUAGCAAAUAGUCCACUUCUUGGGCUUUGGGACUGUGCAGCAUUUCAUUGGAUACUGGCAUGUGGUGAUAGUGUUGAGAGGUACCAUCCAGUCAAUGCUUUCUUACACCCUUUACUUUAUGCCAAGUUAACCUUGGUCCUGCAGUAAUUUCAUUUGCAGUAAUGCUCAUUAAUGACUGAGAUAUAAUUGUGUUGAUUGGUCUCUUGUAUCAUGGAAACGGCUUGUCCUGGAUCCAGAGGUCCCUCUUACGAUUCCCAGUUCAUAUGAUCCUAAGUGGAUCAGGAUAGGCUGUACCAAAUGCUCCUUCCCCCCCUGUGAGGCACAAUGGUAACCUGGCAGUUGAUUGAAAAACAUUUAAAAGUUUAAUAAAACCUGUUUAUAAAAGUG